AUGUGGGAUGGCUUAUGCAGUAUAAUGACUGCAGGAUAUUUUUAAUAGCCUGGCUGGAUGGCAGCUGGAUUGUCAGAGACAGCCUAUCAGAUUCAUGAAUGCUGAUGUCAGUUUGGUGUAAUUUCUUCUGUAGGCUGGCCAGCAUCAACACUAAAAGAGGGAGGGAGAGAGCGACGCUUGUCAACAAGAACAGAAAGAGCGAGUGGGGAAGCACGGGAAACGGCCAGAGAGAGCGAGUGGGGAAGCACGGGCAACGGCCAGAGAGAGCGAGUGGGGAAGCACGGGCAACGGCCAGAGAGAGCGAGUGGGGAAGCACAGGCAACGGCCAGAGAGAGCGAGUGGGAUUCAGGGGUGUGUUUCUUCUGUGGUGUCAAAGCUAAAAUAGGUCCUGCGAGAGAGAGACCAAAAUCCACCGCGAAGAGAGAGAAGCACGCGACGGAGCACAUAGGAUAGUGCGCUGAAGUCAAGAAGGUUAACAGAGACCGUAUGUUCAUACUUCAUAAUUACACUUAAGUAAUCUUAUAAAGUGGACUACUCUCCGGGUGCGUUGGUAGAGGUGCCCAGUGAAGAAGGGAUAGAAGAGGAGUUUAUGAAAGAAGAGAGAGACUGACUGAUUGACACCAACAAGGAUGAAGAAGAGCAGAAGUGUGUUAGCGGUGUCACCAGGCGGUGACACCAAUGAGACCCUGGGAGUGCCCCUGUUCGGCAGCACUCUGGGAGUGGACCUUUGCCGGGGCCGCAGGCGUCACUCGGGCACGCUACAGCUGCCCCCGUUGUCGUGGCGACAGGCGGAGAGGGAUCUAAGCCGCACGCCAGAGGGGGACACCAUGGCCCGGCCCACCACCCUGCCCUUCCACCCGCUGCCACAAAUCAACAUCAUCCACGCCGACCCUGACAGCUUUGAUGUGGAGAAUGGCCCGUCUGCGUGCUGCAGCCCCUCGGGUCUCCAGGCGUCCCCUGGCUCCGGCCUGGUCCUGCACCCCAACCUGGGGGCCCACGGGCAGCGCCGAGAGUCCUUCCUCUACCGCUCCGACUCGGACUACGACCUGUCGCCCAAGUCUCGCGAGUUGUCCCGGAACUCCUCCAUCGUCGGAGAACUGCAUGGAGAAGACCUGAUCGUGACCCCUUUUGCUCAGGUUCUGGCCAGUCUUCGCACGGUACGGAACAACUUCACCACCUUGACCAAUGUACAAUGUACCUCCAAGAGAUCACCUGCUGGCCCCCAGCCUCCCGUCACCAGAGUCUGUCAGUCAGACGAGUCGUACCAGAAGCUGGCCAUGGAGACGAUGGAGGAGCUGGACUGGUGUCUGGACCAGCUGGAGACCAUCCAGACGUACCGCUCGGUCAGCGACAUGGCCUCCAACAAGUUCAAGAGGAUGUUGAACCGGGAGCUGACGCAACUGUCAGAGAUGAGUCGCUCCGGCAACCAGGUGUCAGAGUUCAUCUCCAACACCUUCCUUGACAAGCAGAAUGAGUUGGAGUUACCGUGCCCCAUGGCUAAGACCAGAGAGUGGAAGAAGAGGCCCCACCACCAGACCCAGCUGGAGGGUCAGGGGACCUUGACCCAGAUCAGCGGGGUCCGGAAGCUCAGCCAUUCCACUGGGCUCCAAGGCAGCAGCAUCAGCCGCUUUGGGGUCAAGACAGAUCAGGAGGACCUGCUGUCUAAGGACCUUGAGAACAUCAACAAGUGGGGUUUGAACAUCUUCAGGGUGGCUGAGCACUCCCACAACCGCCCGCUGACAUGCACCAUGUACACCAUCUUCCAGGAGCGAGACCUGAUGAAUACGUUUAAAAUCCCUGCGGACACCUUCGUGACCUUCAUGAUGACCCUGGAGGCCCACUACCACUCAGACGUAGAAUACCACAACAGCCUCCACGCUGCAGACGUGGCCCAGUCCACACACAUCCUGCUCUCUACACCUGCUCUGGAUGCCGUCUUCACGGAUCUGGAGAUCUUGGCGGCCGUCUUUGCGGCAGCCAUCCAUGACGUGGACCACCCUGGGGUCUCCAACCAGUUCCUCAUCAACACCAACUCAGAGCUGGCCCUGAUGUACAACGACGAGUCUGUCCUGGAGAACCACCACCUGGCUGUGGGCUUCAAGCUGCUGCAGGAAGACAACUGUGACAUCUUCCAGAACCUGACCAAGAAAGAACGCCAAUCCCUCCGCAGGAUGGUCAUAGACAUGGUACUGGCCACUGACAUGUCUAAACACAUGAGCCUGCUGGCUGACCUGAAGACCAUGGUGGAGACCAAGAAGGUGACCAGCUCUGGAGUGCUGCUGCUGGACAACUACACAGACAAAAUACAGGUGAUGCGUAACAUGGUUCAUUGUGCUGACCUCAGUAACCCCACUAAGUCUCUGGACCUGUACCGUCAGUGGACCGACCGCAUCAUGAACGAGUUCUCCCACCAGGGAGACCGCGAGAGGGAGAAAGGCAUGGAGAUCAGCCCCAUGUGUGACAAGCAUACGGCUUCAGUGGAGAAGAGCCAGGUGGGUUUCAUAGACUACAUCGUCCACCCGCUGUGGGAGACGUGGGCCGACCUGGUGCACCCGGACGCCCAGGACAUCCUGGACACCCUGGAGGACAACAGGAACUGGUACCAGAGCAUGAUCCCUCAGAGGCCUUCUCCCCCCUUCUGCACCGGUGACGGAGAGGGGGACAGAGAGGGAGGACACAGGUUCCAGUUUGAGCUGACGCUAGAUGACGAACAGGAUGGAGAGAUGGGAGUGGAGGAGGGCGAGAGAGGGACGGAAGAGGGGUGGUCGCCAGUUGACCAGGGCGGAGUGUAGAUGAACACACGUGGGGCUUCCCCCACAUAAUGAGCCGUGACCUGUUAUCUUCAUAAAUGGAAGCACCGGUUUUAGGUUGUGUUCCACAUCUUGUUUUACUGAAGUGGAAUAAUCCUGCAAUCUGGCUCUUUGGCGUUGCUCUGCUUAUGCACUAGGGCCUGACUGGCUUUGGGCCCAUGCAGAAGAAGGUAGGGAACCACAACACUUGAUUUGGGAGCACUCAGGAAGAAGAGUAUGAAGAGUUGAAGAGUGAUGCCUUGAAGGAGUCCUGUUGAAAAUGCUAGUGUGUGACAAAAGUACCGUAUCUUGGUUUUUGGUAGCCAGAUAAUACAAUCUUUGUUCUGACAAAUACUGAAGAUGAAACUAAGCUUGGCGAAGAGACUCUGUUGCGUUCAAUUGGGACAAGAUGAAAUACUUGCACUUCAGAGCGAUCUUUGUUCUUCGUGACUAUUUUCGAGUACAUGUUUUGUUUUGUAACAGGAUGGGAUGCUGCCGAGUAGAUCCGAUGUUCAAACUAGUGAUCCACAGGUGUUUAUAACAAACAACAUCUACCCAAACAACAUCUACCAUUUUUGACAAGUGUUUAAAGUGUUUAAAGACUUUUGUGUGCCUUUUUUUUACGACAGGGUAUUUUGGACGUGAUUUUAUAAUUUAUUGAACAGGUUUGAACAUGCAGUCUUCCUGAUGUCUAAGGGUAGGAAGGGAGUGUUUAAACUAAAGAGUCAAUAAAUCUACUAACGAGAGGUUCUUCGUUAACACCCAAUUCAUGACUCUAUACAUGUAUUGUUAUAUGGUACCUCACACAUUUCAAAUCAAUAUCAACAAAUGCCACAGAACCUACAAGUUCCGUAUUCAUAUUCACAGCAAAAGGCAGUUACAAACCUGUUACUUUUGAUUUGACAUAUUUGCUUAACCGUAAAGCAAUGAUCUCGAUCUUUUCCCAUGUAAUCUGUCAAAACCAAUACACUCCAAAGAUGUCCUGAUUAAUGCACAUUAACAGCAGAAUGAAACUCUGCCCUAAGAGAGGUAUAUUGCCAUACCUGAUUAAAAUUUCAAUAAAAUUUCUCCAUAUAUAUAUAUUUUUUUUUAAAUAUUUGUAAUUUUCCAUAUCACCCUUCCAAGAAUGGAAGAGGUGUAAAUUUGAUCUCUUAAUAUAAUGAAUGCAUAUAAUUAAAUAAUUGAGGCCAAUCAAAAUAAACCUUUGAAUGGUUUCUUUCCAGACAGAGAGAGAGAGACAUCUCAUGACAUGUGAUAUUCUGAAGCUCCAUACCAAAGUCAAAAAACAAACCUCCAUUCAACAAUGUCUGAUGUCAGCUAAUGUUAUUAUUUUGGUUGCCAGAUCCUCCUUGAGCUGACACCUCACACGUUUAGGCAGAAAUGGCAGAACAAAAACUAAACCAAAAACAAAUGGCAUCUUUUUAAAGGUUGAUUCAAUGAUAAUUUAAUGUCAUCUAAAAUGUCCCCUGUAGUUUUCUCCAUCAUUUCUGUCAAGCACUUUGACCAGCUGGAUAGCUCAGCGCCUAGUCGCUAGUCUGUCAACAAUACAUCUAAAUGGUCAUGUAUACUGCAGCUCUCAGCUGUGGGGAGAUCAGCAGAACAUCACUAUGUGACAACAUGUCCCACAUUGACUCUGCGGUGGGCACGCGCGUGUGUGUACAGAGAGUGUGUGUACAGUGUGUGUGUGUGUGUGUGUGUGUACAGUGUGUGUGUGUGUGUGUGUGUGUGUGUGUGUGUGUGUGUGUGUGUGUGUGUGUGUGUGUGUGUGUGUGUGUGUGUGUGUGUGUGUGUGUGUGUGAAUGAGGAAAACUUAGCCACUCAAUCUCCUCUUCUUUGCACCUAGUCCUGUGUCAAACCUUGAACUAUCUGAAACAGUUUAUUUAUGAUCUUUCAUCUGUAAAUAGAAUAAUAUUUAUAAAAUGUACAUUUGGUAUAAUUUAUAUGCACUACUAUUACCUGUCAAAACAAGUCAAACAUUUGUUCAACUGUAUAAUCCUCAAGAUUUAAACAGCCUUUCAGAUUCACAAUUCACAAUGCUGACAAACAAUGCUGACAAACAAUGCUGACAUUGUGAAUUGUUAAACUGAUUGCCAAGAAAUGUCAAUUGCCAACUUGAAUUUCUCAAUGAAUUGUUUUGGGGAAAUACUCUCAAACUAAAUAAUUCCAGGAUUUGAAAUUCAAAUGGUUGGUUAGGAUCUGGAAAUCCCCAAAUCUACAGUAGUCUACAGUAGUGUACAAAAGUCUACAGUAGUCUAUAGUAGUGUACAGUAGUCUACAGUAGUCUAUAGUAGUGUGCAGUAGUCUAUAGUAGUCUACAGUAGUGUACAGUAGUCAAACGCACAACAUCUCUUGGGAGGUGCUUGGCAGAAACGUAAUUCCUUGGUUUCUAUUGUUUUCCUGUUGUUAUCUGUAGCCAUAUGAAGGCUGCAUUGUUCCUAUAUUAUGUACGGUGACGGGUCAUUGUACAGCUUUAUGUUUAUUGAAAUAUUACAUUUUUUAAGAUGUACUUAUAUUUCCCAUGUAUUUCUCAAAAGUCUCACACAAUGUAUGGUAAGGUAUUGUAUAUUGUGAUCAACAAAUAUUUUGUAUGAAAUGAUUAAAAUGAGCAUGAAUUUG